GGGAGGCGGAUAUUUCGAAGAUCAACCUCCCCAACUAACCAGUGGCGCUUCGUUUUCUUCAGCUCUCGAUUUUACCCCCCGAAACGUCUCUUUAAAUUCCCGUCUCGUACCGAUUCCACCAUUUCUGGUUCGUCCAAAUCGCCGGAAAAUCUCUCUCUCUCUCUCUCUCUCGUCUGCAUUUUCCUUCCGCCAAUGGAGUCCUCCGCCGCUCUCCGAUCCUUCAACUGUUCUGUAGGCACGGUUUCCCAUGUCCGGUCCUUGCUUGACAAACCUGGUAUGUUGCCUGUGUACAAUACCAGAAGGCCCACUCCAAGUAGAUCAUAUUUCCAAGGCUUGAUGGUUAGUGAGAAGUUCAUUUAUUCUUCACAAAAGCGAAGGGGAGUGCUAGUAUCAUGUGUGAAGACAUCUGAAGCUGCUAAGACUGAAAAUUCCAGCGUUUCAGCAGAUAGUAAACCACAACGCUCAUCAGAGAAAGCUACCCAUCCCACAAUUUUUCCUAGUGGAUUCGAGGCACUGAUGCUAGAAGUCUGUGACGAGACAGAGGUUGCUGAACUGAAACUUAAGGUUGGAGACUUUGAAAUGCAUUUGAAGCGGAAUAUUGCAGUCACCAGUGAUCCAGUGCCUAUCAUCUCGCCAGCAACACCACCACCUGUUCCAUCUAAACCUAUGGAUUCAACUCCUGCUCCCCCUCCAGCAUCACCACCAAAAUCUUCUGAAAAAACCACUCCAUUUACAAACGUAUCUGUAGACAAGUCAUCAAGGUUAGCAGCCUUGGAGGCUUCUGGUGCUAAGGGAUAUGAUCUGGUUUCUUCUCCUACGGUUGGUUCAUUCCGCAGGGGAAGAACAGUGAAAGGAAAGAAGCAACCUCCCAUCUUUAAAGAGGGUGAUUUGAUAAAAAAAGGACAGGUAAUCGGAUAUGUGGAUCAGUUUGGCACCGAACUUCCUGUGAAGACUGAUGUGGGUGGAGAAGUUUUGAAGCUCCUCUUCAACGACGGAGAAGCAGUUGGUUUCGGAGACCCCCUUAUCGCUGUCUUGCCCUCAUUUGCCGGUAUCCAGUGAGCUCUCUCUCUCAUCCCUGUAAUCGUUGUUGAAGAGCUCCGAAGCUUGCUGUUUUCCGGAGUCAAUUCUUUCCGUCGUCUAUUUUACCUUGUGGAAUUAGAGGACACUUAGAUUUUGCGAUAUGUAUUUUGAUAUUUCUGUCAGUAAAAUUGACUGUGGAUCGAUCAAGCAAUAAUUCGAGGGGUAUGAUAUCCACACACCUUAUUUUACUUCUCACACACCUUUUUAAUUUCGGCCAUCAGAUCGGAUGAAUUGAAGAAAAUCAACGGACAUAAAUUAUCAAGGGGUGUGUGAGAAGUAAAAUGGGGUGUGUGGAUAGCAUACCCCUAAUUCGAUUGAGCUUUUCUAUAACCGUUGUGUUAAGACAUACUGUUUUGUUGGUUGUUAAGUGGUUACAUUGGUAGAUUGGUUUACUAAUGGACGGAAACUUGCUUUGUUUGGAAAACAAUGAGACUGUUACACCGGCAUGUAAUAUUAAUGAAUAUUUGGUACCAUUUAAAAUAA